AUUGUAAAACAUGACAUCAACGGUCCGACGAUUGAGCAAGUUACCUAAUGCACAAAUACCAUCGCAAACAGAAGAGGUUGUUUAUGGUGGUUAUCGUGCAUAAUAACAGUAACUAUAAGAGAACGCAAAGAGUUGACUUGAAAGGAACGUCUCAAGAAACAGAGACUGAAACUGUCAAAGGCUGUGAGAUUUUCCAAGAAAUUGUGAUCUUCAGGGAUGUUGCCACUAUUUUCAAGAGCAGCCACAAGUUCACCAGUCAACAAGAAAAAAGUAGCAGACCGAACAUGCCACAGCAUAAACAUGUCCCUCUUAUCUGGUGACUGCUCUUAUGAGUGUUACUCUGUGAACCCCCUGACAGGAUCUCCUUGCAUGUGUCGUCGGAGUCCUCGGCUCCUGUCUAAUGGAUACUAUAUUCUUACUGAAGACAGCUUAGUGUUCGACGAUGAGGGCAACAUUACCCUGACACCAUCCAAAACCACCGUCACUUAUAAAGAGAAUCUUGUCAGAAUUUUCCGGCGCAGGAGGAGGGGGCGCAGAUCCUUGGUCAGCUUGUUUGACAUGACGGAACCCUCCAAUUCCUGGCUGAACAGCAGCAUGUUCAGCAAUCUUGACUCCCCCAUAGCUGAGUCCUCUUGGAUUGAUGGAAACUCUGAGUUUAAUAGCAACUGCAGCUUCAAUGAUGAUAACAGUGCAGUUCCUUCUCCAAGUCACAAACCGUGGUUAUCCAAAGAACACCUCUCAACCUUUGCUACGGAGUGCUGUUACUCAAAGGAACAGUUCAGUCAGUCAUCAGAGGGGCUUCUGGAUAUCCCCCCGCAGUCACCGUUCCUGUCACAGAAAUGCUGUUCCUAUGACACAUCUGCCAGGCAUUCGGAUUUGGCCAUUAUAAAAAUCCUCUUCAUUAUCUUGUCCAUUUGUUUAUGCUUCGCUGCAUUUUCAAGGUGGCUUCUGGGGGGACUCAUGAUUGCAUUGUUGAUCUUCGUGCUACUUUUCACAUCAUUCACAGUCCUUACAAAGUCUGCCUUUGAGGGCUAUGUGCGGUCCCAGAAAACAAGAGCAGAGGACAUUACUUCAAAGAAUGAAUAGCAACGACAAAAGAUUUUUGUGAGUUGUUGAAGGAAAUGAAAGCUUGCAUAUCUUGGAUGUAGAUACAGGAUGAUUUAGGAAUAUAAUCAACAUUUGCAAAAAAGUGUGCUAAAAAGUAUUUUAUAACUGGUUAAAAGUUUUUUAUACUGAAAAAAACUGGUCUAUUUUUUGUAUUUAAUUUUUUUUUUUGUAAAAAACAAAGAAAAAAUAUAUAAUAAUAAUAAUAAUAAUAAUAAUAAUAAUAAUAAUAAUAAUAAUACUUUAAAAUGAUGUGCACAUUUUGUCCAUUUGUAUUUUGCAUUAGGUACAGUAAAAAGACAACUGCUGGCACUUACAAUCCAGAAUUGAAAUGGAACCUUUAAAUUACAUAUAGCACAUGUACAGUAGAUGCCUAAGUACAGUACUAUAUGUAGAGUUUGUUAUUUGCUUUGUUUCACUGUUACUGCUAUGCAAGUGUGGGAACUGCAAUUUAGAUAAGUUGAGUUUAGCUAAAACAAGUUAUUGAGUAGCACUUACCUUAAUUACGGUGCAAAGGUUUGCAUUCAUGUUUAUUUUUGUAUAGUGUAUAAUAUAAUUCCAUGAAAUAGACGUACAAUAAUAAUAAAGAAAAUCUCUUUUAUGAA